UAACGGUUUUUUUGUGUACAUUUUGAAUUCAAACGUACAAAAUUCGUUUCUGAAUCGGUUUAUUUGAAAUAUCGUUAAAUAAUUUUUAAUUAUUAUUAAUUAAUAGUGUAAUUUAUCAGUUUGUUGUUUAAUCUAAGUGUAUUGUAUGUUAUAAAAUGUCCUUUUCCAAAGCCAAACUUCAUCGAUUCAAUGAAGAGAUUCCCUGUGCUCCGCCUCCUGGGACUUAUAAUCCAGCUCCGGUCGAUAAAACCGUCGGCCCAAAGAUCAACAAAUGCGAAAGAUUUAACGAUGGCAAGGGUAUUUUCGCAACCGCUUCGUGCGAAUCUUUGAACGAAGUUGAUGGCUGUAAAACGCCUUUUGCAUUGUUUAAAACUCCUAAAAUUCCGCUAAGUUCCGGUAAAUUUGAGAUGAAAAGGAAUUCGAAUUUUUCCCAAAGGAAAGCUUCUAGCACCGAAUACAUCUGUAAGAAAUACGAGUCGUCUUCGUACGAGAUUAAUUCGUUGAAAUGCAGCUUGAACGAUCUGCAAGAAGAACUCGCUCUCGAACGAAACAAAACCAAUAAUUUAGUAAACGAGAUCCAAAGGCUGAAAGAAUCGUUCGAGGAAUCGGAUCAACACACCGAUGCUUUAAUCAACGUCUUGAGCGAGAAAACCAACCUAAUUGCGAUCCUGGAAGAAAAAUGCUCUACGUUGGAGACGAUCACAGCUGAAAGCUUCGAUUCGUAUUACAAACACGUUACCGGUGUGUAUUCGGUUUUUGAAACUUACUUCAAAAGCUGGGAAAAAUCGGAAUCCGAUUUCGCUCUAGUUUUCCAAAAGUACGAGAACUUGGUAUCGAAUUACGAAUCGUACUUCGAAGAAAUUUCGUCGUUUAUGAGCGACGUGUUACGUAAAAAUAAUGAAAUCAAUUUCGCUCAAGAUCUUACGACCAAAUCGCCUGUGGAAAUCGUUGCCAUGCUGCAAGAAUCCGAGAAAGAACGAAAGAAGUACGAAUUGGUAGUGAACGAAAUGCAGAAAGUGAUCACUGUGCUGGGUAAUCGUGUAUUGGAGAGCGAUCAAGAGGUGGAGAAUCUCAACACAGACCUGAGCUCUGUGAACGAUCAAAAUAAGAAAUUUUCCGAUCUGAUUCACGAAAAAGAUGAAGAAAUUACAACGCUACGUUCGCUGGUCAACGAAGUCGCGAUGAAUUUCUUGAACGAAGUGAAAACCAGUGAAAAAGAUUUACUCAGUUUGAUCGAUAUUUUAAAAGAGAAAGCUCUCCUUGAAAAGAAAACCUACGAGAAGCAGUUAAUCGAGAGAAACGCUAUGAUAUCUCGUCUGCGACUGGAAAAAUCGCAUAAAGAAUUACAAUUGCAAGAGUCUCUCGAUAUGAUCGAAACUCUCAAAUGCAAAGAACAAAACACCGAACAAGUUUUGGACCAGGUUCGUAACGAAUGCUGCGAAUUGAAAAGCUUACUGCAAGAAUGCCAAGAACAGUUACGUAGCCAAAGGACAUUUUACGAUGAAAACUACCUUAGCGAUAUUUCCGGCGAGUUGAAUCUCACCUUCACCAAAGAAUCGCCUCAAUGUAUCGAGUUCAGCUCGGAGCACGCGUUUGUCAAGCAACUAUUCGAAUUCACAGCUCAGCAAAUGAAUAGCUCUAACGAGAAAGCCUCUCUAUACGAAACUCUGCAAUCGGAUUUUGAAAAUAAACCAAUUCAGAUCGAAGAUAUCAAAACAGAAUGGGAAAAAUUACCCGGUAAUAAAAUCGAAUGGCUGCAGUCACUUUUGAACUUAGUGCAGACCACUUUAUAUAAAUUCAACUCCGAAAACACCUCGUUGAAGAAUCAAAAUACUAGAUUACGAGCCGAUUUUGUUGAAAAAUGCGACGAAUGUGGUGAACUAACGAGACUCCUUCAAGUCAGCGAGAAACGAGCUGAAAACUUCGAGAAACGCGCCGAACAAGCCGAAACCGUCGAGAAAGAAUUAAAACAGAAAUUGGAAACCGUGAACGAAGAAAUCGAAGCUUUAAAGAAUGAAAAACUCUCCUUGGAAGAGAAACUAACCGAGCAAUUGUUCGAGACGAAAAAUAACGAAGUUGUGAUCCAAUCGUUGACCGAAGAUUUGGAUAAAUUACGUCAACAACUCGAUAACCAGACAGAUAACGCUGAUAAAACCAAACUGGAGAGUUUAUUAAAAGAAUCCCAAAGUAGGCUACGAGUCGUCGAGAAGGAGAAUGCUAAAUUGAAUAAAUUAAUCGGUCCUUUCCGUCAAACCCUGGAGAGAUACGAAGGUGAGAUUAAAGUCAUGUCUCACUCAUCUAAAUCUGAAAGCGACGUUAUAAAAAAAUACUCGAAAUUACUCGACGUACAAAACACCAAACAGCAGAUGAAACAAAUUACCAAACUUCGUAGCGAUAUUGUUCAACUCAAAAAGAAAAACGACCAACUGCAAACUGAAAUCACCAAGUUCAAAAAGGUAACCUCGAAACCCGGUAAAGAAAAUAAAGUCGCGCCCAAAAAUGAUCUCACUGAAAAAGUAGUCCGAGCUGAGAUUCCGGUCAACUCUACCUAUGUUCUUACAUCGCCGAAAGUUAACCGAAUUUAAAUCUCGGAUUGUGUCUGAUUUUUUUUUUCUUGAGCUGCAUAUUUAUUUUAUAUUUCAGUAUGUUAUAGAAUUUUUUUUCUCUACACUACUUAAUUUUUAUAUAUUUUUUAUUAUUCGUGUAAUCUUGUACGUGUUUUUUUUCUUGUUGUAUUUUUCUUCUUGUAUCCACUAUCGUGUUUUAUUUAUAUUUUUAGGUAUUUAUUUUUUUAUCGAAAAUAGUCGUUGAAAAGAAAUAAUCGAGUAAAUUAGAGAUAUAAAGUGCAUUUUGUAUCGUGUAAAAGACGAAAGCAAUCGUACCAAAAUAUAUUUAUAUAAUAUUGCAGAAAUAA